UUCUUCUUCACCAUUUCAACAACAAAACAAAUAAGAAACAUAAGGGGAGAAAAAAAGAAGAAGAGGAGAGAAACAUUAUCAUUUCCCACAAAAGUAAAUAAAAUUACUAACUAGCCCGUUUCUCAAUCAUCUUCAUCAUCUUAGCCUCAUUUCUGCUGCCCACCUCACAUGGCUUCUGCUUCUACUGCAUUUUCAAACCCCUCCUCUCCAACUCUUCCCAUUUCUCUCUCUCCCUUUGCCAUCCCUUCCAAAACUUCUUUUCAUAUUAUGCAUCCUUCCUUACCUUCUUACGACUCUCUAACCAUUGCUGCUGCCCUUCAAGCUGUUACUCUGGCUAAUGCCGCAGCUCAUGCUGCCAGAGAUGCUGUCUCAUCGGCAAUAGCACUAACUGAGAUUGCCUUCCCCACAAACUAUGAAUUCCAAUUCCAUAAGGACGAUGGAACUCACACAAACUUAUCAUCGAUUGCGAGCAAAAGGAUGUGGAGGAGGAAGAAGAAGAAGAGGAAGAGAAAAACAGCCACGGAAUUAUCCAAUUUGGAAGUGAGUAGCUGUUGGUGCUCAUCCCCGUCUUCCUACUAUGAAAGGUAUCUAACACCUACAGAAGAGGCACAGUUUUCUCAUUAUCUCAAGGAAGGGGCGAGGCUUGAAGCAGUUAGGAAGAGAAUUCAAAGGACAGAAAUGCAAGAGCCGAGCAUGAUUCAAUGGGCAGAAGCUGUAGGUAUGGAGAAGGUGAGUUUGGAGGAGAAGCUGAGGAGGGCAAGGGAGUGCAGAAAGAGGAUAACACUUAGCUAUAAAAGGCUUGUCGUCACCAUAGCCACUAAAUACGAGGGGAAAGGACUGAGCCAGAAAGAGUUGGUCCAGGAAGGAUGCAUAGGACUCCUUCAAGGUGCUGAAAGAUUCGAUCCUAAGAGAGGCUGCAAGCUCUCCACCUAUGUCUACUGGUGGAUCAAGCAAGCCAUCAUCAAGGCCGUUGCAACCAAGUCCAGACUCAUCCGUUUGCCGGGAAGCAUGCAAGGGCUGAUGGCCAAGAUAGCGCAAGCUAACAACAUCCUGAGGAGGCGAUUAGGGCGUUGGCCUACUUUUGAUGAAAUUGCAGACACGGUACAAGUGGACAUUUCCAACAUCAGUCUUGUGAGCGACAGAACUAGACCCCCUAUUUCUAUGGAUCAACCCUUGAGCAACCAUGGAAACAUCACACUCCAGGAAAUAAUGGCAGGACCAGAGGAAACAAUGCCAGAGACAAUGGUUGCCAGAAAACAGAUGAAGCAAGACAUUGAUAGACUUCUCAAGACGUUGAGUGGGAGAGAGGAAAACAUCCUUCGACUCUACUUUGGACUCAACGGUGAAACUGCUCGUUCCUGUGAUGAGAUUGGGAGGCUCCUCCAUCUUUCAAGAGAAAGAGUUCGCCAGAUCCAAUACCUUGCUCUACGGAAACUCCAACAGACGGCUACCCUUUAUUCUCUUCAAUCAUACAUGUAGAAAGAAAAAAAUAAAAAUAAAAAUAAAAUCUUUGGGGUCA